AUGGAAAAUACAAACCUCUUCAAUACUCUCAGGAAUCACCUCCAAGCGAAAGUAGACACUGAAGAUGACAUUCGCCACCUCUUUCCAUGUGACAGCACAGCCUCUGAUCGAAAAAAGGAAGCACUAUCUGAAGAACAAGAACAAGAGGGGUUCAGAUAUUGGACUGUCUACAAAGCCUGGUUAUGUUCCCAAUACUUUGAGGCCACGCAGUUUCACUGUAGCUCCAGAAUUCCGUGCAAGCAGUACUGUUCCGAGGUCCAGACCAGGUGUCCAUUUGUUUUACCAGACAAUAAGGACCUUGUCUAUGGUGGAUUGCCAAGUUUUCUCUGUGCAGAUGUGCCCAACAAUCAUCCAACCAAUGCUGAGCCAGAAUGCUGUGAUGUCAGAUGGGAGAUCCAUAAUGCAGCUUCAAAUAAACAAUCCAAAGGGGGAAGAGGAGCGACCAAGCCCGUGUUGUGUCAUAGGUCCUCCUUGACCACAUCAGCAGCAUCCAGACUAUGUAACACUAGACUCAAGCUGUGUGUUCUUGUCCUCAUUCUGCUGCAUACAGUAGUGACAGUCUCUGCAUCACAGACUAGUGCUGGGCUGAGCUCUGGGGGGCUGCCUGCUUGGGACGAUAACGCAACCAAUGAUGAGUAGCGACUGGUGUGGAUUUUUGAUUUCCACAGUAGAGACCCUACAUUCAAAGGACCAAAGUUGAAACUGAUAGAAAUUGGAUCCGUUUGCCUCCAAGUCACACCUUGCAGAUCACCUGGGUGAUUGAAAUAAACAUGUGAGACAAACACAUAUCAAGAAAGAUACAAGCGGGAUUUUACAGAUGGAACGACUGCAACACAAGACUAAUUUUCAUGCCAUUUUAUACAAGUGUUUUAAUGUUUAGACCUUUCCUUUGUUGAACUGGUUACUGCAGACCUUUGAGUUCCUGGAACAGUUUCUCUAUACUAAAUUCAGUCUGUAUUUCUAGUCAUAGUGUGCCUCCUUCCAGUAGUUCUUCUCCUUUUACAUUGUAUAGGUUUACAGUAAGGCAAAAAAACUGCUACAUCUGCAUACCACAGCAGGAUAUUAAAUUCCUGUCUCCCAUGGGAAAGAUCUUUGUUCCUAUUUCAUGUCAAGCAUUUACAAGCUGGUCUGGUCUACUCAACACUACCUGAGAAGAUCAAACCAACCCAUAUUCCAUCCAAUAUACUGUAUACCUGUCUCUGCCACACUUCACUGACUAGAUGAAUGGAGCAAAAUAAGCCAAGGGGAUAUGAGGCUUCCUCUUAAGUCAGUCAUGGAGAACGUUAUCUUAUUUCCAGCUGUGUGAAGAUGGCAUUGAGUUGUUAACAGUUUCUUGAACUUUAAGAAAUAUUUAGCCCAGUUCACAUGUCAAACAUACGACCCUAUCUCAUUAGCAAGAUGAGCAAUUAUACAUUUCAAAACAAACAAUAUAUGCCAUUUAAUUACAUAAACAUUAAAUAAGGUGCCAUCUGCAUUCUUUUUGUGGCUGUAGAAUGAAUUAGAAAGUAAUUGUAAGCUAGUGUUCCACAGGUAAUUUUAAUGCAAUUGGAGAUAAAUGGUGAGGAUUUUAAGUAGGCAGCAGGUAAAUAUACCUGAAGGCUAACUUAUGCUUCAAUCAUCAAAAUUAAAACUGAAAGGUAAUAACUUCUUGGUGGGUAUUAUAUUCAUAUAUUUAGCUGGUACAAACAGUCCUUUGUGAAAGCCAAAUAGGUAUUUCACACAUUAAUCCCAACAAUUGUUUUGCUAUGUCAGCGUCAUAGAGCAUACAUAAAUACAGUCGACAUAUUAUACAUUUUUAGUCAUUUGAUUAUAAAUUGUUGCACAAUAUCAGAAACUAACAUUUACUACUUAUUUGAUGAUCAAGUAAAAAGGUAUUCUUUUUUUUAAGUAAAAGAUUUUCCAUGUGGUUUUUAGCCACUUUUUCAUGGAGCAGCAUUUUCCCCAAAAUAUAUGGACAGAGCGAUGUUCAGUUGUGUCCCUGAUCCAACAGGUAACUGUUGAAAAAAGUAUAUCGUUCAAUACAGGACUUUGUACACUAGGAGGUAUAAGGUCGAGUCCCACACUGUGCAAGAGCCACACAAGAAGCCUUCAGCACCUUGAUUUGUGAGUCAGCUAAUUAUCAUGGAUAUGUCUUGUUAAAAUGCAACCACGGUUGUUUGAUUUUAGCUGUUAGAUUUUAGGAAAACCUCUUAAAUCUGCAAUUGCCAUUGGUAGAAAAUUGGCUUUUCUAUUGGUUUCAGCCUGGUCCACUUCUAAGUUAUUAUUUAGUUUUGGCUCUUUAAAGUAUUUUGUUUCAGUUACUUCAUAAUACUUUUGUCUUAACAAGUAUCUACACGUGCUGAAGGCUGUGUAAUUGCAUUGAACUGUUGACACUGAAACAGCAGGAAGAAUGAAUUUUCUACCUACACAGAUAGGUGCAGUCAUAGAUAGAGCGGAUAAGUUUCCAAAUUGAUUUCUGAACACAACAAAAACAUUACUCCUGUUCAUGUUCUUGUAGAUUCUUGAAACAAAAUGUGGUUUUUUUUCUCCGUUAUCAAUUCCUUUUAUCUACAAAAAUCACUAUUGUUAGAAUUCAAUCUGCCUUUUGCUCCACAUUCUUUAAACCAUCAUUUACAAAACAAUUCCCCACAGUUUGCAAAAUGAAAAACAUUGUGUAUUAUGGACGACCACCACAGGAAAUUUGCAUCUUUAAAGCUUUACUACAGUGUCCAUUAGCAGAAUACGAUAAAGAUACAUUUGUGCACAUGAUGAAAAUAAAAUUGUCAUUUAAACUGUGCCCAAUUUCAGGAAUUAAAUAUCAUUACUGUGGUCAUCUACUUUCCAAGGGAAAAUCAUGGAUUGACAUAAAGCAGGAAUCAUCAACUUUGACAUCCAAAUGAAUUCUAUGUCAUUUUUGUCACCCUUUCAAAACGUUGGUUGAGACAGAAACAUGAAUUGUAAUACAGACUAGGAUAAACUUUGUUAUCAAAUGAUCUUAGCAGCAGCAAGUUUCUCCAAGAGAAAUGCCAAAUUGAUUUUCCUAAAGGCAAUUUUAUUAGGAAAUUGAUAGAUAUAAUGUGAAAUGAAUGUCAAAACAGAUGAUAGAUUUACUGCCAUCCUGGAUUCUUUCUAUUGAGGUUACAGUUCAUUUUCCAGAAUUCUCAGUGUUAGACACAGCUGGGAAUUCCAUCAAAAUGACUGAAACAAUUCCUGUUUUUGUAGGUUGAAUUUUCAAUGAAGCACAGGACAGUGAGGAAAAAAUAUUGAUUUUUAAUUAUCUUGCAUCAACUGAAUUAUUACCCAGAAAUGUUUGUGCACUGAAAUGGAUGUGCUCAAUGGCCCAACCACCUUGCCAUCAACUCUUUAAACGGGAUGGGGCUGCAGAUCAUUGGAUUCAACAGGGACGGAAAAAGGGUUGGAUGGAGGAGAGGUCAGUGGAUUCAAUAGAGGGGACAUCUGGGAGAUUCAACCAUCUGAUGGGGAUCGAUCAAGAGUGGACUCCAGGUAUGGAGGGUGGACGUAGGAGGUAGGGAAGGUGAAAUUGAUCACCAACAGAUUCAUUUGGACAAUGAGGACCAGAUUCGAUGGGCAAGGAAUUUAGGGAGGAGAAGAUUCAAUGGGGAAUGCAGCCCUGACCUCGUGACUACAAGUCAUGGGGUUGGUGGCAAGGUGGAAACUGGGAUGGAAUGCAUCAGGGAAGUAGAGCAUCAAAAGGUGUCGAUAAGUGUGUCUCUGACAGGCUUCCCAAGUCUGAAGUUGCGUGGGGACUCCCACUUUGGCUCAGAAGUGUAAUCACAGUACGAUUGACUUUAACCACUGGACCCCACGGAGACCAGUCAUAUAGGAGCAAUGUUAAUAACAGGUCGAUGGCACUGACCCACCCAGGAGUAGCUGAACACCAAUGUUUCCAGCCAGCACAAGUCGACCCAAUGAAGAUCAAGGUGUUGGAAAUCUGACCCUCAGAGAUGAUGCUCAUUGUCGCCUGCUUGCCCGCCCAAAAAUAAUAGAAUCGUAACAUUGUCAGGGGCAGGAUCGCUGUUUGGUCCUCGUAAAGCAAACGCAUUCUGUAACUGGAGCCAGAGGCAUGAAGUUCCAGUGCUAGAUGUUCCCACUAAUUCUAGUCCAGUUGGUGGUGCCUGGUGCAUUAGCAAACGACUGUGCAUCUGGUGAGACCUGUAAGUCAGUAAAGUCAAGCAGGAUAUAUUUUCAGCAUGCAAUAAUUCUUAUAAGAUUUUUGUAUAAGCAUGAUGAGGACAAUGUUUAAUACCCUAUUGAUAACUAUACAAGCCUACCCCAAAUCCAUUCUAAAAAUUGAGAUGAUAAUGAUAACCCUAGCUUUUUACUUUCCGAUGUUGUAUGCUUUAAAACAUUUCUCAACUCGAAUAUCCUGUACAAGACAUUGAUUCAAUGUCUUCUAGGCAAGGUUGUUGUUGCUGCUACAAUACAAAGACUCAUUGUUAACUUUCCAAAUGAAUUCCUAUUAUUAUUUAAGAAUGAUGUUGUCAAUUUAAAGUGGAACAAAUUAACACAAGACCCAAACAGAUGAGGGACAGGGUAGACAAAUGAUGAUUUUAUUUAAACCCAUAUUUUUUUAUUAAGUAGUGCGAAUGAUCAUCAACAAAAAAUAUCAAUAAGCAUUUGUUCAUUACGGGGAUUGGAUAUAAAAGCAGAAAACAAUGUUAAUUCCAAUAUUUUGUAAUUAAUGAUGAAUAUUUUCCAAGACUCAUAUUUUCAGAUUUCUCAGAUAUUUAAAAUAAAUUAUUUGAGAAAGUAUAAAAUGUACUUGCUUCUCAAAAAGUAAGAUACUUUUGAAAGAAAGUUCACUGACUGUUUAGUCUGUGCGACUAAUGUAUUUUUGGAUGGACUAUGAUAUUCACGGGCUGUAAUAAGAUUUCAUUUAUUUGUCAUUGCCUCUCAGAGAUUGCUCCAUAUGUUUGCAGGAAUAUGUAUCUUGUUUUAUUCUGUUGUAUUUGAAGAUUUUGCUAUAAAGAAAAUGUUUAAUCAGUCACCGUUUUUAUCCAGCUGUUACAUUGUGUUUGAUGGAGGACAACAUUUUCCCCUUUAUGUUAAAUACUGUUCCUUGAACAAUUUGCUUUAAUGUUGUACUUUUCCAAGGAACACGUCUAAGGGCUAUUUUUCAAGGUGUACAUAACUACAUUUCAUCUACUUGAACAAUCUGCCUCCAUUGCCAUAUUUAAUGUGGGACAAAGUGGACAUGUUCCACACUAUUGGAUAAGGUAGAUUAAAUUACACCAGAAAUUGUUUACAUUGACAUGUAGGUCAGUAACCUGAGAUUGUAAGCUUAGAAUAAUUGGAGAAUAGGACCAGAAAGGGAGAUGCGGAAAACUUUUUUUUAAAAUUUAGCAAGUUGCUUGCUCUGGUUUGCCAUUACAGUGGCAAGAUGCAGACACAAUCACAAUUAAAAAAUAGGGAUUGGAUAUUUACUUUAACAUUUUGCAAGUUGACAGGGAAUUUAAACUAGGACAAUUGGAUCUCUCUUUCAAAGAUCUAAGACAGCAUGAUAAGCCAAAUUGUUUCUUUCAGUGCUAUUAUUCAAAACUACCCACCUUUGAUUGGACGAGCAAUACUAUCUUUCACAAUCAUGGUUUAGUUCAUUUUCCUGGAUCUUGGUUUCCCCUCAUGUUAAUUGAAGUACCGCAGGUAAGUAUAAUGUUUGCAAAAAAAAAAUUACAUGUACAUUCUUCAAUUAAGUUACAACAAAACACAUAAAUAUUACGUUGGCAAAUGGUACCUUAAAUAUGCAAAGAGAUCACAUCCUUAGAAACGAUUAAAUGGUGUUCUGUUCACUUUCUUGCAUUAAAUAGCAUCAAAAAUAUGUAAAUUUAAGUUAGAAUAAAAUCUUUAACACAGUCUGUGACAGCUAUUAAUACAUGAAUUCAAGUUUAUUCUGUAUGGUGUCAACAAAAUGGUGACCUCCUCCAGGAAACAAAGAAUACAUUGUUUAGCUAACACUGAAUGAAAACAGUGAAACUAUCAAGAUAAGAAUCGAACAGUAGCUCAGAGAUUAAGAAUCUGUUUUCAUAGGGGUUUUUAAUCAAAUGAGUGUGCAGUGUGUCCAGAUCAGGAUAUAUUAAAACACAGAAUCUCUUGGUAUUUUUAUAAAUGUCAUUACAAGCUCCCUUUGAAUGAAAGUGGAAGCAUUUCUGUCCUGGUAGUAUACUUUGUUAGAUUUGGGUACAUUGUGUAAAACACACACAGAGCUGGUGAUUUCUGUAUACUGAAAUUAAUAAUGACAUGUCAAACAGUUCCAAAAUUAUUGGAUUAGAAAAAGUUGCACAAAGAAGAACAAAGAAUAACAUUGCUAAUUUUUGUUAAUAAGGAAAGAUGAAAUUAGAUUUUGUAUAUUUACUGUAAAUAGAAGAAAUUGCUUCCUGCCCAAAUGACAAUGCAGCACAGGUUUUGCAUUUUGUUCUGACUACUAUAGUAAUAGCAGUUUUGAGAAAUUGGUAUUAAAAAUCCUU